GAAACUAUGGAUCCCACAGCUCCCGAGAAGCUCAAGUUAAAAUGCGAAGUGGGAUUACUAGGUGGAAUAUCUCUCAUCGCUGGAGUUAUGAUUGGAUCUGGAAUUUUCAUGUCUCCUCAGACUGUGCUCAUGAACAUUGGGAGUCCUGGGGCAAGCUUGGUGAUAUGGGCAAGCUGUGGCCUAUUGGCUGUGCUAGCAUCUCUGAGCUAUGCUGAGAUGGGAACGGUCAUCCGAGAGUCUGGAGGGGAGUAUAUUUACAUUCUACGGACCUCUGGCCCAGUCAUGGCAUUCACACUUGCUUACACAUCAGUCUUAGUGGUUAGGCCGACUGGCAUAGCUGGAGUGGCCCUCAGCUUUUCCCAGUAUACUCUUGCACCAAUCUAUGGGGACUGCCCACCACCAGUGGUCAUAGUGAAAUGUCUGGCAGCUGUUUCGAUUCUGCUACUGGGCAUUGUGAAUUGUUUAAAUGUCCGCUACUCCAUGCACAUAAUGGUGUUCUUUACAGUGGUAAAAAUGCUGGCGCUGGUGGUGAUUGUGAUCGGUGGGGUGGUGUUGCUGAUAAAAGGGAACAGAGCAGGCCUUGAAGACUCAUUUGAUGGAACUAAUGAAAGUGCCAGUGCUAUUGGACUUGCAUUUUUCCAGUGUCUGUGGUCCUACGAUGGUUGGAACAACCUCAACUAUGUGACUGAAGAACUCAAACGUCCUGAGGUGAAUCUACCCAGGGCCCUGAUGAUUGCCAUCCCCUUAGUGACCAUUCUUUACCUGCUGGUCAAUGUCAGUUACCUGACCGUGUUGACACCUCAAGAAAUGAUUACAUCCAAUGCUGUUGCAGUCGCCUGGGGGAAUAAGGUGUUGGGAGGAUGGGGGUGGCUGAUGUCAGUAGCAGCAGCUCUUUCUGCCUUUGGAUCUCUAAACGGCACAUUCUUCAGUGGAGGAAGAGUGUGUUUUGUUGCUGCCAGGGAGGGACACAUGCCUGAUAUUUUGGCCAUGGCUCACGUUCGUCGCCUCACCCCCUCUCCUGCCCUCAUCUUCACCACGGCAAUCUCUCUUAUUGUUCUCAUUCCUGGAGAUUUCCAGAGCAUUGUUAACUUCUUUAGUUUUACAGCUUGGUUUUUCUAUGGUGUCACCAUAUCAGGACUCCUGUAUCUCAAGAUCAAGAAACCAGAUCUUCCACGGCCAUAUAAGGUACCCAUCUUCAUCCCAGUCUUGGUGUUGUUGAUGGCUGUGUUCCUUGUGUUGGCUCCCAUCAUUGACGACCCUCAGAUUGAGUACCUGUAUGUCACCCUCUUCAUCCUCAGUGGUAUUCUGUUCUACAUUCCUUUCAUCCACUUCAAAUUAUUCCCAGGAAUCCUGAACAAACUGACAGUCUACCUGCAGCUGUUCCUAGAAGUGGCACCAGCUGAGAAAAACCUAUAG